AUGGCAGGCUCAAGGUUUCUUUCAUCUUUGUUAGUGUACUUGAUAUUGGUUAGUGUUGUGUGUAUGCAGAUUUGUAAAGGUGAUCCAAAAAUACAUUUGCCAAAACAUGUAGCCUUGUUCAUCUUUGGGGAUUCCAUUUUUGAUGCUGGAAACAAUAACUACAUCAACACCACUUCCACUUUUCAAUCAAAUUUCUGGCCAUAUGGACAAACCUUUUUCAAUUCCCCAACUGGCAGAUUUUCAGAUGGUCGCUUGAUUUCUGAUUUCAUUGCUAAAUAUGCUAAUUUGCCAUUAAUCCGUCCAUAUCUUCAUCCUACGAACAAAUUUUACCUUCAUGGAGUGAACUUUGCAUCAGCAGGAGCAGGUGCUUUGGUUGACACCCAGCAAGGAUUUGUAAUAGACUUGAAAACCCAGCUGAGUUAUUUCAACAAAGUAGUAAAGGUAUUUGAAGAGGUAGGACAUGAAGCAGGGGCAAAGGCAUUACUGUCCAGAGCUGUCUACUUGAUCAACAUUGGAAGCAAUGAUUAUCUUGCUCCUUUCCUUACAAAUUCAACACUCUUCCAUUCUCAUUCUGCACAACAAUAUGUUGAGUUUGUCAUAGGAAAUUUGACCACUGUCAUCAAAGGAAUCCAUAAGAAUGGAGGAAGAAAGUUUGCAUUUCUAGGUGUUGGACCUCUAGGUUGUUUUCCCUUACUGAAGGCAGUAAUAUUACAAGGCAAAGAUGAAUGCCUGCAAGAGAUUACAGAACUUGCAACACUGCACAACAAAGAUCUUUACAAAACUCUCCUACAUCUUGAAAAGGAGCUUGAAGGAUUCGUAUAUACUUACAUCGAUUCCUUCACUAUUGUCACUGAACUAUUAAAUAAUCCUGCUAAAUAUGGUUUGAAGGAAGGAAAGGUAGCAUGUUGUGGAAGUGGACCAUUUAGAGGUUAUUUUAGCUGUGGAGGAAGAAAUGGAGAAGAGUAUAAGUUGUGUAAUAAUCCAAGCCAGCAUUUAUUCUUCGAUGCUGCCCAUUUCACUGAUAACGCAAACCAAUUAUAUGCUGAGUUGCUAUGGAAUGGGAAUUCCCAAAGCAUAAGGCCUUACAAUCUUAAAACUCUAUUUCAUGUUUAAGUGUUUUGGUGGUGAUCCAUUCCACUAUUCAGCCUCUUCCUAAUACAUGUUUGUUGA